UGUGCUCCUGUUUCAGCUGAUGGCGUUGCACUGGGUGCAGCAGCUUCUACUUCUCAGACCAGUGUCCAGUUGAUUGUGUUUGUCGCGAUUAUGUUGCACAAGGCACCAGCUGCCUUUGGCCUGGUUUCCUUCCUGAUGCACGCUGGGCUGGAGCGGAAUCGAAUUAGAAAACACUUGCUGGUCUUUGCAUUAGCAGCACCUGUUAUGUCGAUGGUGACGUACUUAGGGCUAAGCAAGAGCAGCAAAGAAGCCCUUUCAGAAGUCAAUGCCACCGGAGUUGCUAUGUUGUUUUCCGCUGGGACUUUUCUUUACGUUGCCACAGUUCACGUCCUCCCAGAAGUAGGAGGAAUUGCCCAUAGCCACAAACCUGAAUCAACUGGAGGAAAAGGACUCAGUCGCCUGGAGGUGGCAGCCCUAGUACUAGGGUGCCUUAUUCCUCUGGUUUUGUCCAUUGGGCAUCAUCACUAA